CCCAGUGUGGCUGUAACCCGCAGUUUGAGGCACAGUCUUGUCACGCCAUUUUGGAUGAUCGGAAGAAGAGAAGGCUGAAAAGCAGCCAGGAAAUCUUAUAAUAUCCUCACCAUCGGAGGAUUUUGCUGAACAUGGAGAACUCUUACGGCAUAGGGGUUCGUAACCGUUACGAACUCUUCUAUAAUGAAGAUAUUGACCCAAUGGAUCUCUUAAAACAGACUGAAAAGAUUAAGGAUAAGGCUUCGGAGAAGGAAAACAAGGGAAAAACCGCCAAGGCGAAGUCUCCCGUAGUGAAGAAAGGCGUUAAGACUGAAACCGCUCCCAAAAUCUCCGACAAGACAAGUCUACCUGUUAAAGAUUUGGUUGAUGUCCGCUUGGAGUCUUGCAGUAUCUUCGAUGGAGGACACUGUCGUGCAAACUCAGACGUUAUCCGCAAAGGAAGUCAUGGUGCUGUGGAACAGGAUGGAAGCGAGUACUGUGCCUUGUGGAACAGAGCUUUUCAUUGUGGCUGCUUCAGACUUUGUUUACUUAUACUCUUUGUAUUCUAUUUGUGCUAUAUAAGGUUCUAGCCCAAACUUACUUAAUGUAACCCAACCUGACCUAAGGUAAUCUAACAUAAAACUGUAAUCUAAUAAUUAUUGAAGUGAUACUUGCUUUAUUUAUACAAGAAUCAU